AUGCAUGACUCCGGUUAUCCAUCCCCAGCAAGCGAUGCUCGCUCUUGCUCUCCUCCUGCCCCCCCGAGGACUUCUCAGCUUCCAAAAGACCUACGCCCAACGAUUUUAGAGGUUCAAAAACAUCCGCUUACAGACAGUGUCGUGAAGGAGGUCAAUGACUUCUUCCUUGAGCACUGGCCAUUUAAAACCGAAAAGCACCGGCGACGCUUCGUUGACGAGGGUUAUGCAUGGGUCCUCUGCUUAUACUGUCCCCAGUCAUGGGAUGAUAGAAUACACUGGGGCUGCCGACUGCUCACGACUGGGUUUCUGAUUGACGACCUUCUCGAUCGUAUGUCACAACAGGAUGGAACCAUCUUCAACGACAAAGUUAUAGACUGCUGUCGCGGAAAUACACUUCCAGACCGUUCGGUACCUGCUCAAUGGAUCAUGUACGACCUUUUUGAAGAGAUGAGGGCUGUAGACAAGCCACUUGCGGAUGCUUUGCUACAGCCUACAAUUGACUUCCUCAAGGGUCAGGUUGAUGCCGAACGGUCGAAACCGAUGGGUCUAAGCGAAUACUUUGUUCUCAGAAAUGAUGAUGUUGGCAAAUACUUUCUCUCGGGAAUCAUGCGAUUUGGGAUGGGGCUCGAAAUGAGCCCUGAAGAGCUUGAGCUCAUCAAACCGGCCGAGGAAAACUGUAUGAAACAUGUAUCUGUUCUGAACGAUAUCUGCAGCUUCGAGAAAGAGGUUCUUGCAGCCAAAGACGGAUUUGAUCUGGGCGCAAUGUGCUCAUCGGUCCCGAUUUGUAUGGAGAUGAUGGAUGUGAAUGAAGAACAGGCAAAGCGAGUGAUGUGGGAGAUGAUUCGCGCUUGGGAGGUGCGACACUUCGAGAUCAGGGAUGAGAUUCUCAGGAAGAAUCCAAGCCCGGCCCUUGCGGCCUAUAUCAAGGGAUUAGAAUACCAGAUGUCAGGGAAUGAGCUAUGGAGCCUUCUCACACCACGCUACAACAGAACCGGUGCACUCGGUUUUACCGAAGGGCGGUAG